CGAAAGCCUCCAGCACGGCGGCCAGCGGGAGCGGGAGCGGAAGAAUGGCCUGCAAGCAAGGUCCGGGCAGCAUGCCGCGGACGGAGCGUCGUGCGUUCCCUCGCUUUUGACGGGGCGUUUGAAAAUUGCUCGAAUUGACGCUCACAGAGGAAGGGCAGGGGAGAGGAGAUGGAGGCCUGGGGGUCGAGGAAUUGAUGUGCGCUGAUUGGAGGCCAUUGCUUUUCUCAUGUGCGGUUGUUUCGUUUCCACUUUGGACGAGUUUAGCAGUGGUCGGAGCAGAGGUGGAGGCGGAGGUAUGGCCGACAGGCAGGAGCAGAAGCUCAAAGACGCCGAGAAAUGGCUCAAAAAGGCCGAUAAGUUGACGAAAUUAUCGUUUACUCGAUGGGCAGCAGAUUGGUCGGAGGCAACGCCUUUAUAUGAGCAAGCAGGUUUGGUUUAUAAAACCGCGAAGUUGUUUGAGAAGGGGAAGCACUGUUUUGAAAAAGCUGCGAUCGGGCAAGAACGUCUAAGCUCUCAAUGGACAGCUGCCAAGCAUUUAGAGACAGCGGGAGGACUGGCAAAAGAGCUAGAGGCUUGGCCGGAGGUUGCUGAUUUGUACAAAAGAGCUUCCGAAAUGUACAUGUUUUGUGGGAAGCCACAACCGGCUGCUGAUGCUCUUGUCCGCGGUGCCAAAGCAAUUGAGGAUUCAGUUCCUGAUGAUGCAAUCCGCAUGUAUCUUGAUUCUUGCUCGUUCCUUGAAGAUGACGGAAGAGAGCAGAUGGCUUUUGAUACAUAUCGUGCUGCCACAAAUCUGUACAUCAAGCAACAACGGUAUGCCGAUGCGGCUAGUAUGUUGUUGAGAUGGGGUCAGGCUGCUGACAAGUGCAAGGCUAUUCAAAGCCAGUGCAAGGCAUACGUCAGCGCCAUUUUGGUUUACCUCUACAAUCAAGAUUUGAAGGCAGCAGAGCAAUGCCACAAUGAUUGUUCACAAGUUGAUGCCUUCUUGAACAGUGAGCAAAAUCAGCUUGCUGAGAAAGUUUUGCAGGCGUAUCGAGAUAGUGAUGGUGACGAAGUUAUGUACGUUAUCAAGUCAAGCAAAACUCUACCGCAUCUUGAUCAUAUGAUUGUGAGGCUUGCAAAGCAGCUGCCUGUCGGUGGUUUGAAACCUGUUAUAGGCCCUAGCAACGACGAUCUGGAUGAGAACGAUUUGACUUAACAUGCCUUCUGUGUUCAGUGACGUUCUUUGCAUUGGAUAGAUAUAUACAUGAUAUUGCUGGAUGUAAUUUGUCAUCUUCAACCUCGUGGAGAGAGAGCGGUUUUUAGUCCAACAUUUCUGGCCAGAAUUCAGUGCAAUAUUUGAUCUCUUUCGCUUCUUGAGGCGAUUAGUUCGGAAAGGCUGGCAAACGAUGAUUCGGCGACUAAUCUGUCAUAUUCACAUACGCGUGAAGUUUAUGGCCAUGGACUUUCCUCCAGUGAUUAAAAUUGGGUAAUGUUGAAGUGUUUUCUUGUGAAAGUAACACUCACAUGCGGCGACUGUCCUGCUGCUCUUUAAGAAUUUUUCAGUUCAUUGAGAUGGAGAUAUUCGAGGGGGUCACAUCACCUGCACAUCCGCCUGAAACUGGCCCCAUUCUUGAGCUCGUGCAAUCUCUCUCUGGCAUAGUUUCAGUGGUGGAACGCCGAUAUGCUGUCAAGAGGUUUGGAUAAAUUGAAAUCAUUAACUUUAGCGAAGAUGAGUUUCUUUUGUAGAUUUAUCCAUUUCAUUAUUGUGGUUUUGUACAUUAAGGUUGUGAAGAGGAUCCCAGAUAAGGUAACGUGAGCGUAUUGUUGUACGCCCUGAAAUAUGUGGUGACAAGAUUUUUUUAAUGUUAUCUGAAGACCAACGUAACUGAAUGUCAUUUCUGGAGGUGAUUUUAUUGGC